AUGCUCUGUAUAAUUGGCUCGAGUAUCUUUCAACGAGGUCCCGACGACAGAUCUUUUCCUUCGUCGCAGACUACAGAAGGCGGGGCAGGUAAUGAGCCCUUUCACGACGAUAAACUCAACCAAUAUGGUACCACGAGAGCUAGCGACUCGAACAUAAGCCCAGAAGACUUUCCCUGGAGAAGUGUGAGAUUGCAACCCGGUGAGCAUAGAUAUCUCACAGGUGGUCCGCAAGACCAACAAGGAAGUCAGGCAGGAUGUGUUACAAACGGGUACAAUGGAAACUAUGGUGGCGAUGUCAUUGGUUACGACCAGUGGUUUGAAGUACAAAUUCGUGCGGAUGACGAACACCUUAUGGGAGAGAUGUGCAGGGCGUGGCAUGAAAAUGAUCUCUCGAAGUGCGGUGACAACAAAAAGUACAACAUUCUGGGUGCAGUAGGCGUCGUCAUUGCGCAAUUGGUAUAUUACUACGUUCGGUCAGAGGGCAGGUACUAUCACGCAACGCAGAAGGGUGCCAAGCGUGACCUGGAAUCCGUGCAAUGGGACAUCAAUCCCAAGGAUCUCACAUGGCCAGAGAUUCGUCCCGACGCUGAGGAGGUGAAGCGCGCAAUUGUCGUGCUUGACGAGGCUGGCAAUGAGCUCGCCCGCACGGAAAAGCGUGCGAUCGUGGAACUCGACGAGGCUGGCAAUGAGCUGUUCAGCUCUGGCAAACGCGGAGUCGUGGAGCUUGACGAGGCUGGAAACGACCUCUCCAGCUCUAAGAAAUGA